CGGCCCGGUGGUUAUCCAGUAAGCUGCUCAUGCCAGCUCACUUUUUAUGAAAGCACCUCUAGAUUUCAGCCCGGGGUUUAUUUGUUAAAUUUCUCUGCACUUUUCCUUUCUCCUGCUCUCCUGAGAUGGUGCAAGCCUUGGAAGUAAAUAGAAAAUGCCAAGCUUCGUUUUUUUAGGUCACCGUAAACUACACGCUUAUCUCCUUUCAGAAUACUUAAGCCACAGGAUGUCAUCUCAAGCCAGCACAGAAGGAUAAGGACUCAAACGUAGGUCUGGCUGUAGAUAUGAAUAUGUUGGGAUCACAGUGAGGAAGUGUAUGUUUGUAUACAACAGCCUUUUUAAAUCCAGAGCCUUCUUCCUUUUUCCUCAAAGGUUCCAUAUUCUUCUGGCAACAAAGAUCUUUUUAUAUCUCUGGCGUUUCAUAUUCCACCCAACAGCCUAUCGUAGGAGAGCACAAAUCUACUAAAUAGUAAAAUGAGGGAUUACUUCCACUCAUCUGUUGACAGACAUUUCUCCAAAUUGGAUCAAAUGAUUAAAGGUAUUAGAAUGACGUCUUGCAGAUCCAGAUCAAAUCAUUUGAAACCUUGAGAGUGUUUCUCCUUUGCUUGGAAGAAACCACCAGAAAUAGCUGUAGGUGCUAAUUGUCCAUUAUUCUCACCAAUGUGAAAUUGUUAAUUGGGACCUUUAAAUAUUUUACUCACUUGAAUCCUAACCAGAGGUCUUCAAGAUGGAAGGACUGUGCAGCGGCUUGCUUCCCGACGCGCCCUUCGGGAUCUCUUCCGACGCCUGAAUGGUUCUUCCUCGAGUUGCUUACACUGAGAAGAGGGGUCCAGGCUGUGAAGUCUUCCAACAUCUCCCACUACAAAGAUGGCACUGCUGAAAGUCAAAUUCAAUCAGAAGAAACGGGUAAAGCUAGCACAGGGACUAUGGCUCAUGAACUGGUUUUCGGUGUUUGCUGGAAUCCUUGUUUUUAGCAUGGGAUUGUUCCUCAAAAUUGAGCUCCGGAAGCGAAGCGAGGUGAUGGACAAUUCUGAAAGCCACUUUGUGCCCAAUUCUUUGAUAUUGAUGGGUAUAUUAUCCUGCGCCUUCAAUGGUUUUGCUGGAAAAAUUUGUUACGACUCUCUGGAUCCCGCUAAAUUUGCCAAGUGGAAGCCUUUGCUGAAACCUUACCUGGCUCUGUGCUGUGUCUUUAACAUGCUCCUUUUCUUCGUGGCUCUGAUUUGCUUUCUCAUGCGGGGCUCCCUGGAGAGCACGCUGGCCCAGGGGCUGAAGAACGGCAUGAAGUUCUACCGGGACACGGACACCCCCGGGAGGUGCUUCAUGAAGAAGACCAUCGACAUGCUCCAGAUUGAGUUCAAGUGCUGCGGCAACAACGGCUACAAAGAUUGGUUCGAAAUCCAAUGGAUCAGCAACAGAUAUCUGGACUUCAGCUCCAAAGAAGUGAAAGACCGGAUCAAAAGCAACGUGGACGGGCGGUACCUGGUGGAUGGAGUCCCCUUCAGCUGCUGCAACCCCAGCUCCCCCAGGCCCUGCAUCCAGUACCAGGUCACCAACAACUCUGCCCACUACAGCUACGACUACCAGACCGAGGAGCUCAACCUGUGGCGCCGCGGCUGCCGGGAAGCGCUGCUCAGCUACUACAGCAGCAUGAUGAGCUCCAUGGGCGCCGUCAUCCUCCUCGUGUGGCUCUUCGAGAUGUCGGUGAUGGUUGGCCUGCGCCUGCUGCACACCUCCCUGGAAAGCAUUGCCAAUCCUGAAGACCCUGAAUGCGAGAGUGAAGGGUGGAUCCUGGAGAACAGCCUGAAGGACACUUUCAAAUCUGCGCUGGAGAACUUGAAAAAGCUGGGUAAGUUCAACCAGGUGGAAGCAGGAGCCGAAGGGGCCGAAGGAGAGGAAGGCGGGAAGACGCCAGCCAUCACAACAGUCAGCUGAGCUGCUCGCUGAGGUGGACUUUUUCUCAGAGAAAAAUAACACAAACUGAGAAUUGUGAAUAUAUCUACAUUUGAAAAGCUAUGUAUCAACCACCUGAAUACACAUUUCUACGCACGUUCGCUUUUAUACACGGGAGCAUACAACAUAGUGCACCUUGGGAUAAAACACUUAUCCACCAUGUGAGUACACCAUAUCCAGAUCCUUUGGGGAAUAUGACCCCGACUAGGACUUGUAAUAUUCACAUGUUCCCUUAUCAGAGACAGUUAGUUUAGGAAAAAAAAAAAAUUAAAAGAAAAAGAUUGCUGGCAUCACACAGCAAUCCAUUCCAUCUUAUUUUGAAAUUAAAAGUGGAAUUGGAAAAGUUAAUUUUUUUUUUUUUUGCUCAAGUUGUUUCAUCAGCAUACUUUCUGUACUUCAGCUUUUAAGGACAAACAGAUUGGGUUUCUGGAGAGUAUCAUGAUAGAAUUCAAAGAAAGAAGGAUUUCCAGAAUUGUAUAUAACUUAGUAUACAGGUAUUUUGACAAACCUCUCAUAUGUGAUUUUUGUUAAUGUGCUAAGCAAUGGUAUUUUCUGCUGUAUUUUUAAGACAUAUAUAGAACAAGAUGCAAACUUGUGCUGAGAAUUUAUGUUCUAAGCAAAAAUUGUAAUUUAAUGAAGCAGCCAAGCAUCAUAAAAACAACAUUCAGGUAAGACUGAUGGGGGUUAUUUCUCAGGGGUUUUUGCAGGCUGUAUAUCUUGAAUGCAUGUGUUGUAGACUUAUGCUUCACCCUGUAUUUAAAUUCUUUGCAGAAGCUUAGAAGAUUCAUCUUUUAGUGGGUGGAAUCCAGGCUAUGAGCAUGUGCCAGUUAUGGUUACUCUGGACAUUUUACAGAGUAUGUCAUCUCAUAACUUGCUCCAGAAUAUUCAAGCCCAACUAUUUUUAAGGCAAGAAAAAGACAAACCCAAAUCCAGACCCAAACCCAGGCCAGUUAGAACUCAUACUUUAAAUGUUUUCCAGGAGCCUAGAAAGUGGACACCAUUCAUCCACAAGUACAUCAAGCCUCAUCCUUUCAGACCAGGGAAAACUGAGUUUAAAUCAAUCCCCAAUGUGAAAAUUUCACUUUAUGAGGGAUGGAGUACUUUAAAUCAAAGGGAAGGCACAUUUUGCAUAUGCUGCAUCUCUCCAAACAUAAUGUCAUAGCUGGAGAAUCCUGUUCUCAAGUUGGAAUAAAACAUGGAAAGAGUUUGCUGUGGCGUGCAGCCUUUAAUGAGGGAACAAAGCAUCAUCUUGAGUUUAUUUUGCCAGAUAAUUUCAGCUAAAGGGAAGGAAACCCUAGAGAACAAGCCCCAGCCCCCUGCACCGAGGAUUGCAGAGCCCUCAGUCCCUCCCUGCAAGCCAGGCACCACCCUUUGACCCUGGCUGUGCAAACCCUCUGCUUCUCAGGGUGUACCAGGGAGAGGUUUCUCGGUGGGUCCCUUCUCCCUGGCUGGUGGCCAGCCCUCAAAGGGAGCAGUGUCUGCAGCUGUGUCACCGCUGCACAGCCCCCUGGCUUUCAUUCUUAAUCACUUGUGCACUUGCCCCAGCAGCACUCAGCUCCUCCAGCUCCUGCCCCAAUUCCCUCUAGGAUGGACAGACAGUUCAAGGCAGGACAAGUGGGAUGUGUCCACGCAUCACGCCAUAGUUUCCAUCUCAGUGCCCAGGCUGUUUCGGGCCACCUCUACACAAGGCUUGAUUUGACAGGUGUCUGUGGUGCCCUUUCACCUUCUCAAAGCUGGUCAAAGCUUUCAACUUUAGUUGUGGUCAUGAAUUUAGUUACAAUAAUGAGUUAAAAAGUCACUCUCCUCUGCUGUGCGUAAGACUAGGACAAGGGCACUGACAAAAGGCCAACUUGCUAUUCACCACAGCCUAUCGUCUCUUGCUCUGCCGAGGGACAGAACUGCACCAGCCAGAGCAGCUCCUCCCUGCUCAGCAGGACGUCACUGGGGCCAGCUCCCCUCUCAGCUGGCCAUUAGAGAAGAGCAGGGUUGUGCAUGGCACACAAUGUGGCCACAUGUACCAGAAAGAGCUUUUCAGAGGAGUCACAUGUGGAUAGGAGCUGCGAUACAAGGAUUCAUUACAGUCUCUCCUUGGGAGGCUUCAGCGAGCUGUGAUCUAUACCAGUUAUUUGACUAGACUGACUUGUCAAAGAGAUCUAGAUUUAUUGCUGCCCUAGAAAUCUGGCUUAGGCCACUAAUUUAGACAGGACUCUCCAAUUAUUCGUGGUCUCUGUUUUUUAUCAGAUUAUUGCUAAAGCAACAUAACAAAUUUUCAAGCCAUUCUUUCAAUGCCACACUGGAGAAGCCAGUUCCCAGAGCAAUGGUAUCAGGCAGGUAAAGAGACCAUCUGAGACAGGUUUAUGAAGAACAGUACUGGAACCAGGGAACAAAGAGUACAUGGGCUAAUGCUGUCUAAAAUAAAGCCUCCCAGCUGAUGAAGAUCUUUGUGACAUCUUAUGAUUACCACAAGAUUGUAAUAUGACUGCUUUGUACAAUAUUACAUGUAAUAUAUCACUUGUCCAAUCUUACACAUACUUUCUUGUGAUACUGCAAAUGCUGUUCUAGAUAAAGAUAUUUCUGCUGACUG